UCUCUCUCUCUCUCUCUCUCUGUUUAGACUGUGGCCACCUCCGCAGGAGAGCGGCACGCAGCUCACCCUUCCUUCUUUUACUGCUCUUCUGGGCCUCUUCCUCAUCCAUUGUCCUCCCCCUUGUCAUCUUGCCAAUGGCCUCUCACCGCAUCCUUCUUCUCCUACUCACCUCUGUCCUGCUGCUGAAGACCUCAGCUUCGCCCUCGCCCUGCGCCUUCCCGGCCAUCUUCAACUUUGGGGACUCCAACUCCGACACCGGAGGGCUGUCGGCGGCCUUCGGCCCCGCUCCACCGCCACAUGGCGAGACCUUCUUCGGGGCGCCGGCCGGCAGAUACUGCGACGGCCGCCUCAUCAUCGACUUCAUCGCUCAGGGCCUUGGACUUCCUUUCCUCAAUGCAUAUCUUGAUUCAGUGGCGACAAAUUUCUCCCAUGGUGCCAAUUUUGCUACAGCAGGAUCAACAAUCCAACGACAAAAUACAACUUUAUUUCAAACUGGGUACAGCCCCUUCUCCUUGGAUGUGCAGUCCUGGCAGUUUGCACAGUUCAAAUCUAGGUCGCAGAUAGCUUACAAGAAAGGAGUCUUCAAAGAUGAAUUACCUCCAGAGGACUACUUCUCUAAGGCUUUGUACACCUUCGACAUCGGCCAAAAUGACCUCACUUCAGGCUAUGUCAGUAACAUGACUACUGAUGAAGUUAAAGCAACCAUUCCUGAUAUCCUCAACAAAUUCACUGUUGUUAUAAAGGGUGUCUAUGGACAAGGUGGGAGAUUCUUUUGGAUCCAUAACACAGGUCCCUUUGGCUGUCUGCCUUACGUUCUCGACCGAUAUCCUAUCAGGGCACCCGAGGUGGACCAUGUCGGUUGUGGAGCUCCUUUCAAUGAUGUGGCUCAGCUAUUCAACGCAAAACUGAAGGAAACUGUAGCCCAGCUCAGGAAGGACCUCCCUCAGGCGGUAUUCACCUAUGUUGAUGUCUACACCAUAAAGUACUCCCUCAUAAGCCAAGCAAAGAAGCAUAGCUUUGAGCAUCCUCUUGUGGCUUGCUGCGGGCACGGUGGCAAGUACAACUACAACAUCCACUGGGGCUGUGGAUCCAAGGUCAUAGUCAACGGCACUGAAGUCCUGGUCGGGAAGGCAUGCCGGGAUCCUCUGAAGAGGAUAUGCUGGGAUGGAGUUCACUACACAGAGGCUGCAAACAAGUGGGUGUACGAUCAAAUAGUGGAGGGUGCAUUCUCAGACCCACCAGUCCCUCUGAGAAUGGCUUGUCAAAGGCAAAACCAGUGAGACUCUCUUUUCUUCCAUUAGGCUGCUAAUAAUGCUGCAUGAGUGAUUCAGAUGAUUUUGUGGUAGCACAAGCAAGUGUGCUCAGCACUUGACAAUGACAUACAUGUGUUACUGGUAUGAAUUGUGAUGAAAUGGAACUCAUAAUUCCCCUA